AUGACUAACGCCGUGGCAUUCUCUGCUACCGACCCGGGCAAGUUCAAACGCGCUUACAGAGCGUGUCUCAACUGCCGUUUACGGAAGGUCAAAUGUGACUUAGGUCCUGCGGACUCUCCUCGACAGGGCAAGUGUGCCCGAUGUCUUCGGGAACGAAAGGACUGUGUGUUCAUAGAGAGGAAACGGAGUCACAUGGAAACCGGGUCUGAGAUUGUGACUACGCCGGUGAAGCCAUUGACAGGGACCAGAGUGAUUCUGAGAGAUUCUGUUGAUGGUGGAGGUAAGAUGCAACUGGUUGCAGCCAGUAGCAGUCUUCGGUACAACAACAACAACAAUAAUAUCAAUACCGGAGGCGGCAAGCUAGCGGUGUCUCAGAUGUUGAACCAUGAAGGACAGGAAGAAAGAGACGCAGUCGAAAAGACAAGAGGAAGCAUCAGUGGAGGUGGUACUGGCAAUGACGAGGGUAGCACCGGAGGAGAAGAGCCUGAGUUUACAAGUCACAUGGGAGGAGCCCUUGCGUUCUUAGCGAAUGCUGCUGGAUCCAUGGCAUCGGCAGACGAGAGAGAUAACAUUGAUGCCAAAGAAAGAGCGUUACAGAUAGAACAGAUAGACCGUAGUUCAUCGCAGACUCCAUCACAAAGGGAAGGAGCAGCCGAAACCACUACAGGUAAUGUUGAUGAUGGUAAUGUUGAUAACAAUAAUAUUAACAAUGAUAAUUUUGUUGGGACCGGUUCAGGAUUAGGAUCUGGAGGUGGAUCUGGAUCUGGAUCUGGAUCUGGCUCCUGCUCAGGAUCUGGAUCUAGAACAGGGUCUAGAACAGGAUCACAAUCUGAUCUUGGUGGUGACUCGUCCACUAACGGGAAGAAGCACUCUAUUCCUCCACUAUUAAACCAUCUUAAGCACGGUAGAAUGAUCAUGCCACCAGCAGAGUCGAUUUUCGCUACCAGACCCAAAGCUGCCGAUAGUUUAGGGAACAUUGAAUACAUUGGACCUCUUUCUGAAGGGGGGAUCCUUACGGUUGAAGAAGCGCAACGACUCAUUAAUCUUUUCUUUACCACGAUGCAUCCAUUCUUCCCUCAUUUACCGAUCUUCCUCCGGAACCCAGACAUUCUUCCUCAAUAUCCCAUCUUACUCUGUGCCAUUAUCACCAUCGCUUCACGGUAUCACCCGUUUGAGAACAACGUGGGCAACUCUCUGAUCCCCAGACACAUCGAAGUCCACGACAGACUUUGGCUCUAUGUCCAGAGAUUGAUUUCACAGACUGUGUGGGCCGAAGCCAGUACGCGGUCGAUCGGCACGGUAUUUGCGUUCCUUCUCUUCACCGAGUGGAACCCCAGAGCCAUUCACUGGCGUUGGGCAGACUAUGCUAACAAGGCAGAAGACGAGGGCAGUAGUAAUAGUACAACAGCCUCCACGAUCACCAAUACGGAGAAACCUCGUGGUAAUAGCGGUGGUUCCAGUAAUGCAUCCAAUCAUUACGAGCAAAACUUGGCGGGGUUUGGGGCCAUGAGAAGAUCAGACAGAAUGGGCUGGAUGCUUAUUGGAUCUGCGGUCCGUUUGGCUCAGGAUAUGGGCUUUAUGGACGUCUCGGCCAAAACGUUCCUUGCUACGCACAUCGCUGAGAUCAACUCAGUCAUGAACAUCAGUCGACGGUCGAUGUUGGCUCAGUCGUUACUGGAGAUCGAGGUUGAUGAUGAUGAUGAUGACGAAGAUGACAACGAUAUCGAUAACGAAGGAGCCUCCAAAGACGCUUCUUUAUUUGACAAUGAUAAUGAAGACAAUUAUUCAGGCCACAAGCGGAAACGGAAGAGCAAUAGCAGCAAAUAUGUUGAGGAAGACUUUGAUUCGAAAGUGUUCACGCUAACUGAAGAAGCCAUGAGAAGAUUUGCGGCAGAGAACACCAUCAAGUUCACCAAACCCCAAAGAGCUCAAAUAGAAUUGCUUCAAAUCAUGUCGUUAGGUCACGAAUCUCUCUAUGGGUACAAGGCUCGUUUAGGGGAAUUAACCCAACGUCAAAGUCUUUCGGUGUUGAGCAUUUUAAGUCCAUUGAUAAGUUCAUGGGGUCGGAAAUAUCGUCUGCUUUUAGUUCCCAUUACUCCCAAGUUCCAAAAGUACUCUCAAUCGGUGCUUCAGAAGAGUCUUCUCGACCAGAACUCCAAGGUUGCCGUCCAGCUACAGGAUGCCCUACUUCGGGAGUCAUUUAUCUUUGAGUACAACUAUUUGAAGUUGUACAUUUAUUCGUUGGCCCUAAGUCCGACAAAAGUUGAUUCUAACCCCACCACUGCCACCACUAGCCACAACAAUAGCGACGGAGAUAAUAAUAGUAAUGCGACCACGACCAAUGGUACUUCUUCUAAACGACGCAAGAAGACGGUUUCUAAGUAUUUGAAGUUGGAAGAAAUGGCUAAUUCCACCAAAUACAUAGAGCAAGCUUUCAAUGCAGCCAGUGAGAUGCUUAACGUGGCCAACAGGGUCCACAGAUUGAAGCUACUCCGGUAUAUGCCGACUCGAUGGCUUACGAGAAUCGUCAGAGCCAUUGCGUUCAUCGUUAAAUGCUACAUGACAAUCACAGCUCAUAAGAAGUCAAACAACAGCCAGAACCAGCAAAUGGCCUUUGAUGUCACAGUAUUGUCAUUAUCAUUGAUCACCAUAGAAGAGAUCAUGCACAGUAUCCAGAGAGCAGCGUUAUGUCUUCGUGAUUCUUCACCGGAUGAGCUACAUUUGUGCACCCGGUACUCCAACAUCUUGAUGUUCUUGUAUUCACAGAUGAAGUCCAAAUCAAAGUCAUUGGGUGUUAGUGUUGGUCCCGUCAGAACAACAGGGAAGCAGCAGCAGCAGCAGUCACCAUCCAGACCUCGCGAGAAUGAGCAUAUGUCGACGACGAGGACGACGACGAUGGCAACAGCCAACUCUGCAACACCACGUGUGAACGACGAGCUUCGUGGCCGCCACAGUUAUGGCAUGCCAACUGGUGCUUCAGGUUUCAACGUUGAGGGAACCAAUUUCUUCGACAGCAGUCAACAGCAACUGCCGCCUAUUCCACCUAUUGAAUAUGCAGCUCCUACAUAUCCCGAACAGUACGAGAUGUUUGAACCAAGCCCACAGCAGCAGCAAAUGCACCAACUGCAGCAAAUGCAACAACUACAGCAACCUGCUCAACUGCAGCAGCGGCAACAAGUGCAGCAACCUGCUCAACUGCAGGUGUUCAGCUUCCCUUCGUUAUUCGAUAGAGUUGAACCGGGUCCGUCCCACAGCACACUUCCUAGUGACGGGACCAACUCGCCGGUAUCGGGGAUGUUUGACGAACCAGUGAUGGAAUGGCUAAGAAAUGAACAUACUAUUGGGUUAGAAUUCGUAGGACCAUGGACAGAGAUGAUCGAACAACGGUUGGAUGCCAAUGAAACGUUUGCAUUUGGUGAGUUUUGA